AUGGCACCUACUCCUGGGACCUCCGCUGGGGCCCCAGGUUUUCUCGAACUUCGCACAAUCCACAAGACCGAAAUAUCACCUCGCCGAGGCGCAUGGAUUGGACAGCUCAACUGCCAAGCCUGCCAACAUUGCUUGAUCGAAGCAAGCCUUACCGAAUGCAAGCUCUACGGGCGCAACCAGCCAGCCAAGAAAGUAUGCCACCUCUGGGUGAUUCGAUAUCAGAUGGACUUCCUCGGCUCUCGACCCCAUUGCGAUGACAUACAACCAAAGGACGAGUGGGUCUGA